AUGGCCAUGUACUUCAGAACUUCUUACAAAAUCAUAGUGAUUUUAGUGGUGAUGCUAUUGGCUGUGAUACAUUUUUAUAUGAAAAGUAAUCCUUUAAAGAAUGUACUUCUAUUCAUGAAAAUUGAGAAGCCAAUUGAUAAUUGGCACAUGAACGUCAAGUCACCAGAAAACCUAACCUUUCUGUCACCAUACAGAGGAAGCUGGUUAAAUGGCAGCAAUAAUUGCAGCUGUAACAUUGGGGCACUAUUGCCUUUAACAAAGUCUUAUGAUCCGAAAGACCUGUUAGCAAUCAAAAAGAGGAGAAAACAACAGUAUGAACAACACAGAAAAAGGACUGAAUCACCAUUGAAGAAAAUAAUCACAUCCCAACCUAAUUCUCCACUAAGCUAUCCCAUCCAUGGAGUUGAAGUAAUGCCACUACAGUCAAUUGUCAUUCCAGGUUUGGGUGUGUUUGCAUUCAAUCGACAGGACUAUAAGGUGGGUGCAUCUCCGUUUCUUCCAAGUUUUUGUUGGUCUGAAACCAUGCCUGGCAACAGUUCCACUGGUACAGAUAGACUUCCUGCACUAUGUUCGAGCUGCUCGUCUGUACCUGGGAGACCAACAGGGCUGUGGAGCCAGCGUGACUCAGUGGUGGCACUUUUACUUCAGCGUCAGAAGAUAGUGGGCCCUUGUCUCAUUCCAGAAUCUGAGGAAGUAAACAAGGCCAAUGCUACAGUGUACUACUGA